GUAUUUUGAAUGUUGUUGGUAAAUUAAUAGUGGUGAUGAAUAUGAUGGUGAAGAGUGGAUAUGGUCUGAGCAUGAAUUACUACAUGAUGGCUUGUCCAUUUGCUGACAUGGUUAUUAGGAACACUGUUAAUAAGGCUCUCCAAUCUGAUCCCACUCUUGCUGCUGCUCUUGUCAGGAUGCAUUUCCAUGACUGCUUUGUUGAGGGGUGUGAUGGAUCUGUACUGAUAGACUCAACUAAAGAUAAUACGGCGGAAAAGGAUUCACCGGCAAAUUUAAGCUUGCGUGGCUAUGAAAUAAUCGAUGCUGCCAAGGAUGCAUUGGAGAGGCAGUGCCCCGGGGUUGUUUCGUGUGCUGAUAUUCUUGCAAUGGCCGCUAGAGACGCUGUUUUCUUCGCUGGUGGUCCAUUCUAUGACUUACCUAAAGGAAGAAAAGAUGGAAGAAGAUCGAAGAUCGAAGACACAAUCAAUCUUCCUCCACCAACCUUAAACAGCUCCGAACUCAUCACCAUGUUUGGCAAACGUGGCUUCACUGCUCAAGAAAUGGUCGUUUUAUCUGGUGGGCACACACUGGGAAUGGCGAGAUGCUCGUCGUUCAAAAGCCGUCUGACAAACUUCGACUCGACGCACGAUGUGGACCCCAACUUGGACACGCAGUUUGCAAGAACACUGUUGAAGACAUGCAGCGGAGGUGACAAAGCAGAGCAGCCAUUCGAUUCGUCGAGAAACAGUUUCGACAAUGAUUACUUCAACGCACUACAGAGGAAAGCAGGUGUUCUUGUUUCAGACCAGACACUGUUUGCAAGUGCGAUGACUAGAGGGAUGGUGAAUGCAUACGCAACAAACCAGGCCAUGUUCUUCUUCGAUUUUCAGCGCGCUUUUGUGAAAAUGGGGUUGAUGGAUGUUAAAGAAGGUUCCAAGGGUGAAGUUAGAAACACUUGUCGGAUCAUUAACUGAUAUACUUCUACUUCUUCCUGCUUAUGCUGAUGCUUCUUCUUUUACAUUUUGUCUGUAUAAUUACAUAUUAUUAGGGCUCACAACAAUUGUUCCUUCUCCUUUUUGGCAUAAUUAUAAUAUAUUUUUGUGGGUGUAAUAAUAGUUUAAA